AUGCCGCCCUUCGUUCCUCGAAAGCGUGAGCACUCGCCAGCUCCGAAAUCCUCACCCAAGCUGCCAAGUACAGAUAAGCCCGCGCGCAAAGCCAGUCGCUUUAAGCCAUCACUCUUUGAUUCCGCCGAUGCGCCUACAACUACCGUCAAAUCCGCCGAGGAGACAAAGAAAUACCUAGAAAGUCUGGACGACGAUGAAGAGAGUGAAGAGCUCAGCGAUGUCGAUAGCGACGAAUUCGAAGAUGUCGUUGCGCCAGCUGCGAAGAGGCAAAAGAAGGCAGCUGAGGGGGAAGAUGAUGAAGACGAGGAUGAUGUGAUGGACUGGGAAGACGCCAUCUCUGCAGGGCCAUCGAAUGUUGAACAAGUCGAGCCCGAGAUUGGUGAUAUUGACAUAUCCAUGAAGGACGACGGCACAGGCUACAUUGAGCCCUUGGUUUCUUUGGCCACGGGCAAGAAAGCGCCUUCGAAACGGGAACGACAGAUUCGCAUGUUGACGCACUGUCUACACGUGCAAACGCUCCUCUGGCACAAUACAGUCCGUAAUUCCUGGCUCAACGAUAAAGAGGUGCAGAAGACGCUGGUCGACAAUCUCUCAGAGGGCGUCAAGCGAGAGGUCAAACGGUGGCGGGAGAGCAUGGGAAUGUUGAGCGCAGAAGAGCUAGAAGCCAAGAAGCGGGAGGCGGCGAGAAAGAACACCAAGGGGAAGAAGAAGGGCAAGGGUAGAGAGCGAGACUGGGGAAGUGAAGCCACGCAUGCUGAGCCGGGCGUACCAAAUUUGAGUCAAGGAGAUCCGCUACUGCGACUCUUGAAGGUCUUGACGGCCUACUGGCGGAAGAAGUUCACAGUCACUGCGCCGGGGCUUCGGAAGAAGGGAUACAUGCCAUUGAGGAGGCUCCGAGACGAUAUUCGUGACUGGGAGAAGAAUCACGACGAUUUUGAGGAGUUUGGCGAAAGGAUUGAGAGUCGAGAAGCUUUCCGUGCGCUCGCCAAGAAGUGUGAGGGAAGCAGAGAUGUCGGAGCGCAGCUGUUCGUCGCUCUGCUGAGAGGUCUAGGUCUCGAAACCCGGAUGGUGGCCAACCUCCAGCCUAUAGGACUCGGAACAAGCAAGGGGGAGGAGGCUGAUCCGAAGUGCACGAAGAAGGAGAAGAAGGCUGACACAAAAGCCGAAGACAAGGCUGAUGCCGAUGAGGCGAGGGCAGAGCUGAAGAAGAGUGCUCAAGUAAAAGGUCGGAAGCCAGCGAGAAAGAAUGCCACACGAGGCAGCAACGCAAAGCCCAUUAAUCUCGACGAUUCCAAUGCCGAAAGUGACCUGAGCGAUCCUCCCUCUGACGUAGAUGAGAAGAAAGUAAAGGCCAAGUCGAACACGAACAAGUCUACUUCAAGACCGGUGCGGGCGAACAAGAYAAAUCUCAGCACUCCCAACGACUCGGACAGCUCUCCAUCGCCUUCUGAUGUCGGAGUCAACAUCUCUGACGAUGAUGACCUUUCAGUCAUAGACAUCACACCUGCAAACCCUAAGAAGUCCGGCAAGAAGUAUGAUCGCGACCUGGCAUUCCCAACCUACUGGACUGAAGUCCUCUCAUCCGUCUCAAAUAAGUACAUCCCGGUCGAUCCAAUCGUUCUCAGUACCAUCGCAUCCAAUGAUGAUCUACUUCAGACCUUCGAACCAAGAGGGAAGAAAGCCGACAAAGCCAAGCAAGUCAUUGCCUACACCAUCGCCUUUUCUUCCGACGGGAGCGCGAAAGACGUCACGGUCCGCUACUUGAAGAAGCAUCAGAUGCCUGGCAAAACCAAGGGCCAGAGAAUGUACGCCGAAAAAGUCCCCGUCUACAACAAGCGUGGCAAAGUCAAAAAGUACGAAGACUAUGAUUGGUUCCGAACUGUAAUGUCCAUGUACGAUCGUCCGGAAGCAAAGCGCACAGCAUCCGACGAUUUGGAGGAACAAACGGAUCUGAAAGUCUUCAAGCCGGUCAAAGAAGCGAAGGAGGUGGACAAGGAGAGCUUGGCAUGGUACAAACAGUCUGCGGAGUUUGUACUUGAACUCCACCUCCGCCGCGAAGAGGCACUAGUCCCUGGAGCCGAAGUCGUCAAGACUUUCGCGGCCGGCAAGGGUGACAAAGCAAAGACGCAUGAUGUCUACCGCCGCGAUGAUGUGGUUACUUGCAAGACCGUGGAGUCAUGGCAUAAAGACGGACGCGCUGUCAAGAUCGGCGAACAGCCGAUCAAGUACGUCCCGACUCGCGCGGUGACACUCAUCCGCAAGCGAGAAAUCGAAUCGUCGUUGAGAGAGACGGGACAGAAAGCUAUGCAAGGCUUGUACUCCAAAUCGCAGACUGAGUGGAUCAUCCCUGAUCCGAUCGGACCUGAUGGAAAGAUUCCGAAGAACGCCUACGGAAACAUGGAUGUCUACGUCCCCACCAUGGUUCCUAAAGGAGCUGUACACCUUCCAUUGAAAGGCAGCGCGAAGCUUUGCAGAAAGCUGGGAGUCGACUACGCGGAAGCUUGUACGGGAUUCGAGUUUGGAAAGCAAAGGGCUGUUCCAGUGCUUACAGGCGUUGUGGUGGCAGACGAGCAUGAAGAUCUUGUGCGUGAUGCAUGGAAGACUGAGCAGGUGGAAAUCAAGAGAAAGGAAGACACAAAACGUACAGCAGUGGCUUUGGGUGUCUGGAGGAAGUUUCUGAUGGGGUUGAGGAUUGUGGAGAGGAUGAGAGUGGAGUAUCAAGAUGGCGGUGGAGAAGAAAGCAACCCAUUCGUGAGAAGGGCGAAGAAGGAUGCCAGUGUUGCUGCAGGCGACUUUGAAGAGAGUGGUGCCGGCGGAUUCUUCAAGCCUGGUCAUGAAGAGGAGGAGGUUCCGCAGCAUCGAAAGAAGGAUCUAGCUGUGGAUGAUGAUGGUGGUGGAGGUGGGUUUCUCGUCGAAAGCGAAGAUGACACCGGUGAUGUCGAUAUGGAUGCCAGCGGUGGGUUUCUCGUCGAAGACACUGCAGACAACUUCGCACGACCUUCCAUAUCAACCACGACGCCGAUAUCACUGCAAGACAUGCACAAGGCUGUGUCUGACAUUGAAGAGAAUCUGAGUGAACCAGAGGAAGAGGAAGAUGAACUGCCGCCUCCCGCGAAGAAAGCAAAGAAAGCCGCACCCAUCAAACCGAAGCCCCGCGCGCGAGCUGCGCCAAAGCCGAAGUCAAAUCCCUCAAGACAGCCCGCCAGAAAGCGCGCUGUCACUCCGCCCGAGGACAAUGAGGAAGAGGACUCCUCCCUCUCCGACGCACUCUCUGAAGAAGGUUCCUCUCCACCAGCUGCAAAGUCCCACAAGUCCCCGCAAGUCGUCGUCAGGAAGCAUCAACCUGUGAAUGGAGGACGAAGGAGCAGCACCCGGACUGCUGUGAAGAGUACGCCGGUUAAAAGCCAGUACUUCAUGCACGGAUCCGAUGACGAUAAUGAUGAAGAGGAAGAGGAGGAAGAAAGUGAUGAAGAAGAAGAGGAAGUCGUGAAGCCCCGAGGGACUACUGCGCGGACUAGGAGAGGGAGAUGA